CACCAAUUUGUAGUUCAUUCCGUGGCAUUUGAUUUGAAUUGAUGGAAGAAGACAAUGUCCUGACCUUCAAAACCGAGACGAUUCAGAAUGUCUGUAAAGCGCAGUGGAAGGAUUCUGGUACCAAGGCCAACAAGGACGCUAUCCAACUCUCAACUGAGCUCUUGCGUAUUUUUACGGUCGAGGCCGUGCACCGCGCAGUAGACGAAGCGAACAAGGACGCUGGCGGUGGAUCACAAACGCUUCAAGUAGAGCACUUGGAAAAGAUCCUUCCACAACUAAUGCUCGAUUUCUAAACUGUUUUCUCUCUAUGUAUAAUAAAAAUAAGCUUCUUUUUUCCAUGAUUUUUCAGCGG